AUUUCACUGAAUAAUGCCCUCCGGCAGUUACUACGGCAACCUGGAGGAAGUGAGCGGCGCCCGGUGAUGACAUCAAAACGCGACUCAGUGGAAGUGCUUGAACAGCAUGGGCAAACAAAAGAAAACCAGGAAAUAUGCCACCAUGAAGAGGAGGAUUAACCCUAAAGACCAGCGCAUUAAAGAGAAAGAUCGAGCAAAAACGCCCCAAAAGAAGAAGGAAGAUUCCAGCGCUAUUAAAGAGAGAGAGGUACCUCAGCUUCCAUCAUGCCUAUUUUUCCAAUACAACACAAAUUUGGGGCCCCCGUACUACAUCCUGGUGGAUACCAACUUCAUCAACUUCUCCAUCAAAGCCAAGCUGGACCUGGUCCAAUCCAUGAUGGACUGCCUGUACGCCAAGUGUGUUCCUUGUAUAACCGACUGUGUGAUGGCUGAGCUCGAGAAGCUGGGACAGAAAUACAGAGUGGCUCUAAGAAUUGCUAAAGACCCAUCGUUUGAGCGGCUGCCGUGCACUCACGCAGGGACAUACGCCGAUGACUGCCUUGUACAGCGGGUCACACAGCACAAAUGUUACAUUGUGGCCACAGUGGACAGAGAUCUAAAAAGAAGAAUUCGGAAGAUUCCUGGCGUUCCCAUCAUGUACAUCUCAAACCACAGGUACAAUAUCGAAAGGAUGCCAGAUGAUUACGGAGCCCCCCGUUUCUGAGACAUUCCGCUCUUCCAUCUGACCUUCUGUCUCAUUCAAUAAAUGAGAAACUUACCCAACUGGACAAGAACGCCUUGUUUUUUCCUCUUCUGUAUACGAUUUCCCUGUCCAAAGGCCAGGCGGUACUGGAAGAGAUGCCCGCGACGAACCAGGCUGGGGCCCACUCCUUUACGGACGUGGUGUGGCUCUCCAUCGUGAAUUGUGGCGUUGGGAAGGACUCUGCUGGACGGAUAUAGAAAGGCGCCGGCUCGACCUUCCUGUUAGCGGCAGGCUGUGUGCUAGAGCUCAGCGGUUUUAUAUGGUGAGAAUGACAGUCUAAUAAAUACUCUGCACUCAUA